GCCAGGGGGAGAAAGUGCGCCUCGUCACUGUGUUCACUGUUAGGUGAUAACCGCAUGUACCACUCUGUCCCAAACGACCACCCCAGCCUCGUGCCUGCCCCUCAGUACCCCCUUUGUUUUGUUUAUGGAGCCGGUAUUUGAAAGCCCAAGGCUAAAUGCGUUCAGAAUUAUCGGUUUGUCCGGUUUGGGAAAGGUUUAGGGUUCCUGUGCUGCACAUAGUUCCUGUGUUGCACAUAGUACUGAUAACCCCAGAUCACACGGCUAACCCAGGCCAAGUUCUCAAACGGAAGACUGGAGAAGCUCCUCCGACAUGCAGGGCAGCACGAGAAGAGCGGGUACCAUGACGGAUGUCCAUCGGCGCUUCCUCCAGCUGCUGAUGACCCACGGUGUGCUGGAGGAGUGGGAGGUCAAGCGCCUGCAGAACCAUUGUUACAAGGUCCACGACCGAAAUGCUACUGUAGAUAAGCUGGAAGACUUCAUCAACAAUAUCAACAGUGUCUUGGAGUCCUUGUAUAUUGAGAUAAAGAGAGGAGUCACGGAAGACGAUGGGAGACCCAUCUAUGCUCUGGUGAAUCUUGCUACAACUUCAGUUUCCAAAAUGGCCACGGAUUUUGCAGAGAACGAGCUGGACCUGUUUAGAAAGGCUUUAGAACUGAUCGUUGACUCAGAGACUGGCUUUGCUUCUUCUACAAACAUUUUGAACCUCGUUGAUCAACUCAAAGGCAAAAAGAUGAGGAAGAAAGAGGCGGAGCAGGUGUUGCAGAAGUUCGUGCAGAGCAAGUGGCUGAUUGAGAAGGAGGGGGAGUUUACUUUGCAUGGCCGGGCCAUCUUGGAGAUGGACCAGUUCAUCCGAGAGACCUACCCGGAUGCCGUGAAGAUAUGCAACAUCUGCCACAGCCUCCUCAUCCAGGGUCAGAGCUGCGAGACGUGUGGUAUUAGGAUGCAUUUGCCUUGUGUGGCCAAGUACUUCCAGUCCACCUCUGAACCACGCUGCCCCCACUGCAAUGACUACUGGCCCCAUGACAUACCAGAAGUCUUCGACCCUGAGAAGGAGAGGGAGGCUGGCAUCUCCAGGUCGAGCAGAAAGUCCUUGCGGACCCGUCAGCACUAGCUGUGUCCUGCAUGGCUCUGGCUGUUGGUGGACUGAUCCAUUCAGACCAGGGGCCUGACACAUGGCACAUGAAUGGCCUCCCUUGUUGAUAUUUGCUCUUAACAUAUUUUUAGUAAAUGUUUCCUGAUGGUUGCUGUA